AUGGAGUAUAAGUUCAAAGUUGUGGUCGUUGGGAGCUCUGGUGUUGGAAAAACAUCGAUAGUAGAGAGAUUGAUAAAUGGAAAAUUCGAUAACGAUCAAAUUUCAACAACUGGUGCUGAUUAUAGUCAUUAUACAACAAUAGUUAACGAAAAACAAGUUAAAUUACAGAUAUGGGAUACAGCAGGACAAGAAAGAUAUAGAGCAAUAUCAAAAUCAUAUUUUCGCAAUGCUGUUGGAGUUCUUUUAGUUUAUGACAUUACAAGUUUAGAUUCCUUUGACGAAUUGAUGCAAUGGCUUAAUGAUAUUCAAACAUUAUGUUCACCAAACUCUUACGUUCUUCUUGUCGGUAAUAAAUCUGAUUUAGAAUCUCAACGAAAAGUUAGUCCGAACCAAGUUGAACAAUUUGCUACAUCAAAUCACUUAGAAUCAAUUGUUACUUCUGCUCAGUCAGGCGACAAUGUUAAGAACGCUUUUGAAAAAUUAGCUUCAGAGUUAUACACACGCCAAAUAAAUGGCCAAUUUACAGCUCCUGGUGAGAAUGCACCAGAACUUAUUGAUACAACUAACUCAAAUAAUUCAUACUGUAGUUGUUAA